CUACCCUUGGUCCCCGCUUUCUCCCAGCCUGUUUUUGUCCGGGUGCUUGAGGUGUCUCUGUGACAUCCCUCCUGGGACUUAGAAUCUGGGUCUCUUCCCUUGGCACUUGUCAGUUGCCCAUUUCUCUGCAUUCUUCUCUGGGCUCCGUCUCCCUGUGUUCUGAGUAUCUUCCUCUCUCUCCGCCCCAUCUCUCUUUGUCUGGUCCCCUCGGGGUACUCCUGGUACUCCUCCCUACCCAAAUGGCUGUCCUUGUGUCUCUCCCACACCUUUCUCCUAUUCGCUCACACCUGCCCUCUCCCACCCUUCCUGUCUUUGUCCAAGGGUCCCUUUCAAUGUCUUUCUGUGUCUUACUUUUCUGAGCUUCUUGUCCCCACCCCUCAGCACCCCUCAUGGGACGUGUCCCUAAAAGGCUUUCCUUUCCUCCUUAUUCAGACUAUGGGGCUGUGUUGUGGUUGGAACAGGCAGUGUGUGUGUGUGUGUGUGUGUGUGUGUGUGUGUGUGUGUGUGUGUGUACGUGCUUGCACACAUUCACACACCUCUGGUGCAGACUGGGGACUGAGGGCUGAAGGUGAAACCUGGGCCUGGCUCUCAUCCAAACUGAAUUGACUCUGAGUUGACACUGGUCCCAUGCCUGGCACAGGUCCAGCCCCUGGAGAAGAAGAGGGGCCUCAGGUGUGGACAGGUUGCAGUGCUCUGGGUGUUAAGCCCCAGAAUCUGUGUGACUCCAAAUGUCACCUGUGUCGGCCCUCUGUUCUCCACAUAUAUACAAGAGUUAAGAAUGGUAGGGAUUCAUGGUCCUCUGCUUCAGGCUGAGAACUAAGAAUUCCCAGACUGUUAACAACAAAGACCUUUGGUUCAAUACCAGGGUGUGUCGAAAGGCCUUUCCUUACAGUCCCCACUGCAUUCCUCAGCACCAGUCCACUCUUGCCUUGGUUAUAUAGCAGAAAAAGGAGGUCCAGAGAAGUUAAGGAACUUGCCCAAGGACACACAGCUGACCCACAGAUGAGUAUUUGAUGACCAUUUUAUUAGCAUUUGAAGAACCUGUAUGAAGUGGGGCUACUCCCCGGAAGGGGCCUAAGGGUCCAUAGGGCAGCAGAGGGCUCCAGGACCCUUUCUGGUCUGUAAGCAGCUGGUCUCUGGAGGUCUAUGAGGGUCAGAGGUAUUGGGAACAGGGUUACCCAGGAACUCUCUGCUGUGCCCCCAGAAGUCUGCCUCCUCAAAGCUGUUGUUCAGAUCCAUGAGUCCUGAGGUGAUGCUGUCUGUGGUGAUGCUAUGGUUGAUCAUAUCUUAGGGCUGCUCUCAGUGGAAGACCCUGAGAUCUGGAGAAAGGCUAUGGCUGUGCUUUUUGGACACCAAGGAAGUGUUUCGGUCUUCUCAGGCAGACCUGGGUUCAAAUCUCACCCCUGACUGUCACUCUCUGUGUGACUAUGACAGCUGUCAGACCUCAGUUUUUCCACUAUAGAGGGCAGACCAAGAAAAGCCAUCCACAUCAGAUUGCAACUUAGAGUCUGGGGCUGGGCCCUGCACAUACGAGGCUCUUGAGAUGUGAGCUAUAUCCUCCUGUCCUCUUCAGGCCUCUCCGAACCCUGUUGCACAUUAUACCUCCACCCCACAGCAGCCAUGCCAUUGAAUGCUGAGCUCCUCGUGGAGAAAUGGCAAACAAAGUAAAAAGGCCUGGAUUCUUCUCUGAGGGCUGAGGACCCUCUUGGCUGAGGACCUACAUGAAGAAGGUGUGUGGCCUGGCCUCUGACAUUAGAGGUCCUCUCUGGAAGCUGCACAGCCACACACCACUGCAUGGAGCUAUUGCUCAAGGGAGGAGUCCUGAGGCCUUGGUGAGAAGCAGGAAGUUCCCCUAGCUUGAUAUUCAAGGUUUUAUAUUUUUAAGAUUUAUUUAUCUAUUUUAUGUGUUUAUGUAUUGUGUGCAAGCAGGUGCUCACAAAGACCAGAAGGGGGCGUUGUAUUCCUCUGACUGGAAUUACAGGUGGUUAUGAGUCAGUCAUCUGGUAAUUCUGGGAACCAAACCUGGGUCCUUUGUUUCCCCCUACAGGAGCAGAACAUGCUCUUGACUACUGAUUCCUCUCUCCAGUCCUUCAAGGUUUUAUUUUAAUGUCUGGGGCCAUGUUUCCUCACCUCCAGCCCAAGGUCUUGUUUUACUGUUAUAUGUUUUACAUAUUAUUUAGUGUGUGUGCUCACACGCACCAUAGUGUAUGCGGGGAGGCCAGAGUGCAGCUUGCAGGAAUCCGUGUGCCCCGGGAAUCUAACUCCUGUCAGGCUUGUUGGCAAGGCUCUCGACCUACUGAGUCAUGUCACUAGCAUUCCAACCCACGUGUUCAAUAGAUCGUCCUGUUUCUCCUCUUUUUCAAAUAAGACCUUCAAGUGCCUCAUCCUUUGAUGGUAUGAAAGUGGGGGGUCACAGGCUGGGUGACCACAGGAAACCCAUGCCAUAUUUGUCAAGUAUACAGGAGUCCGGUUAAUGCUGGGAGAAGGAAUCAAUGAUUUUGAGAAGACUAGGUAGGACUCUCAGAGUAGGAAUUUGCUAGAUAAGUAACAAGGGACAGCAAACAGGGCUGCAGGGCACAAAAUCAAUUGAUGCUGACACAGGGGAUGCUGCCCUGUCUCAUUCAAAAUUUAUCGAGCACCCAUUGUGUACCUGGUACUUCCCUAAAUCUUAAGGGCACAGCACAGGUCAGAAUAGACAUCCUCAUCCUCCCCUCUGGCUGUGUCCACACAUCAUGGUGACUUCUUCCUCCCUCCCACCCCCAGGGAAGGAGGCUCCCUGAGAAUCUCCCCAGGACUCACCCUGGCCACCACCGCUGGCUCCCAGCAUUUCUUAUACAGCCCUACCUCCCAUAGCAGUACAAGGCUCAGUUCUGACCCCAUCUCAAGCAAUGUUCUUCCUUCCAACGCUCAUCCACUGGCCUCUCUCCUGGGCUUCUGCCCUCCUCCAGGUCUAGAGCACCGGGUGUCUUAGGGACUGCACCAAGGGAUAAAUUCAUCCUGGGAUUGUUCCGGGAUUGCAGAGUCCUGGGGGCUGGUUUGUAGCUCUGCCUUGUUCUGUGUUCUUGCUAUUUGUCACAUAGCACGCUCGGUACAUAACAAGGACAUUCUUGUACUCCUCGAGGGCCUGGGAGCUAUGAUAUAAAUUGCCCACAUUGCACCUGGGGAAACUGAGGCUGAAAGAAGAAAAGACUUUCAAAACCCAGAUGUAUAGGAAAUAACAGAGUCUGCGUCUGCCUAGGCAAGAUAACUAACUAUGCAGCCCAAACAUCUCGCCAGGGUAUUGGGUUCCUCAAUGGUCAGUUUGUUUCCUGUUCUACUGGGAGCAGAGUCCUCCUUUCUGUGAUGUCUCCUCUCACAUCCUCACACAUGUGCUGACCUUUCUGGCAUCCCCGAGAUUCUCUUCGUUCUGGAGUUCUGCCCAGGGGACCUUGGCAGCCUUGAUCGGCUCUGAAGCUUCUUACAAUACCGACCGUGCCUAGCCACUGCCUCUGCCACGCACGCUCCUGUCUGUGUCUGUUUUGUGGAGUACAGACUUGGCUGGAGCUUAGGGCCUGCUGUGCACAAGAGGCAUAGAGAGGGCAGAGUCUCCCAUAGUCCUCCCUCAUCUGGCACACACUGGGUGAAAUGUGCCCCUGCCUAUCUGCCUUGCUUACAUCCCUGUCACUGGAACCUGUGCUGAUCUCGUCAGCUAAUGCCCCGUGCUGUCUGCAUUUGUCAGCUUGAAUGCUCAGUCCAGCAGGACCAUCUGCCUUCUUUAAUUGCCCAGAUAAUUGUGAAGACUGCUGGCCCUGCCUCCUUCACUGCAGGUCUGACAGGGCGGAAAGAACAUCCAUCAGUCAGGAGGCCUGGGCAGACCCGUCCCCAACUCCUUGUAGGUCCUUGGGCAAUCCCACUCUUUCUGGUCUCAGUUUCCCUUCUGUGUCCUGCUCCUGUCCUCUUAGAAAUAAGAGCUCCUUGCCACCACCACAAUUUACCCACAUGGUGUCCUUGGGCUAACCUUGUCUCUGUAGCCCCCACAUUCCUGUUUUGGCCGAGGUAUCAGUGACUCAGAGCAGAUGUGGGCAGGUGGGCGGACAGGGCGGCACAGAGCCAGCCAGUUCCCAUUGCUACACAACUGGGGCAGCUGGAAUCCUUAAGGGACGACCUUGAACAAGGUCCCUGUCCUUUACAGGAUGGGUGUGUUUGAGGCAUGGAGGCAGCUGCAAGUCACUGGAGGGGUUUAAUUUGGGGAUAGAAAUGAAGGGGCCCCAGACUGCCACCGAGCUGAAGCUGUCCCACAGGCCACAGGUCCCCCUUCUUUCCUGUCCCACAUGUGCACCCUGUUUUACAUUGGAAGGGUAGUUUCUACUCAAAGACAUCCAACUAGUCAGAGGUGGGGGUGUCUAGAUUAAAUUCAGAGCCUCCGGAAACCUCCAGAAUGUUCUCUACUCUUUGCCACUUGCCUUGCCAGAGAGCUCUUCUGGGAGUAGCUGGGUGGAGAAAGGUUGAGCAUUCAGCCAUCAGGAAGACCUUAGGAGGCUAGGUAAACUUCCUAGGGGACAGGACAGCAGAGUUGUAUGGAAACACAGGGCAGAGAGUACUGGGACAGGCACUCUGAAAUCUGAGUUUUCUCAAAGUGAUAGAAUGAGGGAGGUGGCGGAGGAGGUCAUCCAGGUAUGAACCCCUCCAUGACAUUCCUGGUGAGCCAUUGCUGGAGUGUGGGACCCUUGCCUGUCAGGCAUCUAGAAUGAUCCAGAAGUCCCAGGCUCCAACCCCUGCCUCAGACAGUGGUUCCAACAAGGCCUCUGCCUUCCAACUCCUUCAGGGAGACUGUUCGACAUGGAUGUGAAGGCUGACUCCCUGAUGGUCCCUUCACACCCUUACAUAGCAGCCACCAGCCAUCAUCAGCUCUCUUUCAAUGUUCAAGUCCACCAAGAGGACACAAAAUCAGAUAGGAUCACGCUGGUCCAGUGAAGCCCCUUAGGGAUCUCAUGCACAUCAAACCGGCAGAGUUAAGGUCCUUCCAGGCCUAUUCCCUUGUCUGUCAAAUGGGGCUGUCAUUCCAGUGUCGUGGAGGCAGAGAAGAUACCAUAGAAUGUGAGGUGCAGUCUGACAUAUGCAGAAACUGGCAGAAGCCAGGCAGCAGGUGUGGUCAUUCAGUGGUGCAAACUUGUGUUUCCAUUGUCCCAGCCUCAGUUUCCCCUUGUAUGUACCACUAAGCACUGGUGAUAGAGGAUGUAUAGAGAUGGGGUAUCGGUCAAUGCUCUGGCUUGUUCCCUCAUCCCUGAUGAUGGGGAAUUCCCCAGGGGGAGGUCUCAUAAUGACAGGUGAGCGGAGACUAUCCGGUCUAGCCACACACAGGGACUAAGUCAAACCACAUCCACCUCAGAGUUUGGGCUCUUGCUGCCAGGCUCAGAGGCCACAUUGGUUCCGGUGAGGAUUCAAGAGUACCCCUCACCCACUAGAUGUUCCAGUGCAAGACAGGCUGCUCAGGGGCAGUGAGCUCUCUGUUGAUGGGGUGGAAAGUCUUGAACGACAGUGAUUCUGGGAUUGGAGGCUUAAUUGUUUAGAUCUUAGUCACUCAGUGGCACUUGUCUGCCUCUUCCUGUAUGUAGCCUCAAGACCUGGGGCAGUGAAGGAUCUCCCACCGAGAGGGAAGGACAGGGCCAGGGAGUGGAAGGAAGGCUGGAAAGCAGGAACCGGCUAAUGUAGUCGGGGUUGGCCUCUAGGAGGAACAGGUGGAAGCUGGAGUGAGGAUGGGAAUAUGAAGAACAUUCUAGGCAGAGGAAUGUGUGUCAAAGAGGAUCCAAGAAGGAAGCACUCAAUUCUGAUUGUGAGCCAGUCGAGCUAUGCAUGCUGGCCACAUCCCUUUCCCAUUCUGGGUCUCAGUUUCUCCUCUUGUGUAAAUGCUAGCAGCAGUACCCACCUCAUGAGGUUCUUAUAAAAAAAAAAUCCAUGAGACACUCACUGUACAUGUGGUGUGGCAUAUCCAAUAGGUGCUCAAUAAAUGCUGGCCCCUGUAUUCUAUUUAGGGCAUUUGCACUUGAACAGAGGGAGAUGCUUGAUGCAGGAGUGGGAGGCAGGAUUCUGGCUGACCCUGAUGCAAGUGCUUUCCCCUAAGGCACCUCGUGCACACUCUUUGCUCUCUGACACUGGCAGCCAUAUUUGGAAUGCAGAUGCCCAAGUGCCAUUUUGCUAAGCAACUGCUCCCAUCCUUCCAACUGAGUGGCCUCUGGAGCCUGUCCCCCUGUGUUACCUACGUAACAUGGUGCCAGGAAUGACCCUCUCAGUGCCCUUUGCCUCACACCCAUUGCCUGCUACUGACCUGAGAUCCAGCAAUGCUGCUGAGGGCUUCCCUUAGACAUUCUGGAAACCCCCCACACUUUGUGCUAGGUCCUCACUGCCGGGAGUGCCCCCUCACCUCUGUGGGUUUGCAUCAUCUAUGAUCCCCUGGAUGUGGCUCCUCCUGAGAAAGAUGCUGAUGCUCCAAUGUGUGGUCUGCUUGCAGCACACAGUAGGUCCCUAGUGAGUUAUAAUUGGACCUCAGACCCAGGUCCCUCCACUACUGGCCCAAGAUCUCUUUCGUGUUGACAUGAUUCACAUUUUCACUUUUGUUUGGAAAGGUAGCAAAGGGCCCCAAGUUCUACUGGGACAGAAAGAUCCCCAAGAGCUGGAGAAUGGGGGAGGUGGUUUGACAGAUGUCAGCUGAAGUCUGCACUGGCUCUCCAGAGAUUGUCCACUUAGUUAUUGUCUCAGACCCUUAACUGACCUUUCUCUAUAUACUCUUGUAUGGCUGCCCAGUGUCCAGAGAGGAGAGCUUGUAACACACCACUGGAGAAGGCUACUUAGUUCAUAUUUUACCCCAGGUUCCAAGGUGGUGUGCGUGCGUGCAUGUGUGUGUGUGUGUGUGUGUGUGUGUGUGUGUGUGACUGUGUGUAUGAGUGUGUGUGUAUAUGUGUGACUGUGUGUAUGAGUGUGUGUGAGUGUGUGUGUGUGUAUGUGUGACUGUGUGUAUGAGUGUGUGUGAGUGUGUGAGUGUGUGUGUGUGUGUGUGUGUGUGUGUGUGUGUGUGAGAAGGUCCCUCCACUUGGACCACACAUGCUCUUGAGGCAGCUCAACCUCUUGUCUGUACAGGGCAGGCUGCCCGACUCCAUGGCCUUGUCCGAUCCCUUCAGGGUAUGCAGAGCCUCACUCUGCAGUCAUCACAGGAGACUCCCAGAGCCAGAUUCCAGGAGGCGCAGGCAGAUGUCUUACCCUCUAGGGGUCUGUACAGGCUGUAACACAGGGUGGCAUGUUAUUCCUGUGAACACUGCCUCACUGUGAACCCAGCAUCACUCAUGUGUCCAACACAACCUUAAAUAUGUAUUUUCUUGAUUCCUCUCUGGUACGUCUCUUAGUUGGGGAGCUCUGGAAGGGUGAGGUCUGUCUGCACCCCUCAUUGCAGAAACAGCAGAUCCAUCCAGCUUAGUUUCUGGCCAGUACUAAAUGCUUAGUAAAUGUCCUCUGCAUGAGGUACUAGGUGCUUAGUGAAUGUUGAGUGAGGUACUUUCGUAAAUGUUAUGAGUGAGGUACUAGGUGCUUAGUGAAAGUCCUGAGCAGAAGAUAAACUACAGUGAGAUAGGACUGUGGAUGUUCAAACCCAUACCGACCACCUUCAUAUAGCCAACAUCCUGAACAUCUCAACCAAACUUCACAAAAGCAGGCACAGACAGCAUCCUCUGUUUUAAAGGAAGAGUCUGAGGUUUAGAGAAGCACCCUGCUUGGCUGUACUGUUGUCUUCUUCCUCCGGGAGAGAGGUAAUUACUGACAUGAGGAGGCAUGGAGCCUAUGGGAGGGGGAACCUGUGGAAGCGGCCUCUCCCACAGCCAGGCUCCAGCUUAUGGUACCGGACCUCCCUGGUCACCAGGGACUCCUUAGGUACCGCAGGUGUGCCACCCUCUGAAGAACAUCCUCCUGUCCACAGUCCUGAGCUACGGGAUGUUAGGAGCACUUCUGUGUGUUCCAGGUACUCUGGACAGGUUAGUGCUACCGACAGAGGGCCUGGCUUCCAGCCUUGACUCACCUCUUAGUCCUGAGGAAAAGAAGAUGUGGGAUUCACUGUGACCCUGGUUCUCUGUCCCCACUUGGGGCUUCCACAGAAGGGCCUGGAUGGAGGAAGUCAUGAGUAACUCCCAUUCUGCUUGGGCUGGCUGUGGCUUUUCUGAAUCUUCUGGAACCUUCUUCUCUAUGGUCCUUAUAUACUGGUUGCCAUGUUGUGCUCUCUUGAAACCCUGAGCCAGUGACCCUACCCCAUGUUCUGCUAUGCCUAGUUCCAGGAUCAGGUGGGUCCUUGAGGACCACAGGGGUUGGGGGGAUGUGUAUAUCUUGAAUAGUACAACAUAACCAGAUAGACCAGAGGAAUCUGGUCUCAGCUCUCUUCCCCUGUGGCAGGUAGAAUGGCAGGCUAACCUUCCCUUUUCCCAGAGCCCCCACCUUCUGGAAGUGUUUAUCAGGAGUGAUGCAGAGGCCCUGGGCCAGGGUCCGCUGCCCCCGCUUGGGGAGGGAGGAGGAGAAAGCCACUAAAGCCCACACAAUAAAGGGUUUAUCUCACAAUUCUCUAUUGCCAUCUCUGCCUUCCUCCCCGCCAGACUUAAUUUCCGCUUGUCACUUGAGGGGCCUGGAGGGUAUGGGUACACAGCUUGCUCGUGUCACAGUGGACUCAGCCCUGGAUUGUGGGAGGAAGGGCAUAGCUCAGUGCUGGAGGGGCCUUUCAGGCCCCUCUUGAUCCCAGGUUUCCAUCACAGAGUUGGUGGUCUGCUGACUACUGUAGUCACAGCCCCUGGGUCUCUGUGGGAAUUGGGGACCCUGGGAGUCCAUCAGCAAGAGAGCACUAGGAGCAUCCCACCUUCAGGUCUAGGGUGCCUAUGAGGAGGAAGGAGGAGUCUGGAGCCAGCCCUGCAGGCUGAGGGAGCCAGUCACAGCCACAGCAGGACUGUCUGAAAAGCUCUUCCAAGGUCCCACCCUCCCUCUUGGAGUGUGACAUCUGGGGCCACUCCCAGUUUGUAGGUGACAAGGCUUAACCAUCCUGAGGCAGAGCAGCUAGUCCAUGUCACAGUCUUGGUGGGAGGCACUCGGCAGGUGGGUGACAGAUGGGUGCUUUCUCUGGCCAUUAGUACAGGUGUCUCUGUUGUCAGCAAAGGAAUGAAAUACUUGAGCCAAAGGCUUGUACAAAGAGGCUGGUUGGCCUCACUGUGCUGGACCCCAGAGUCCAAGGUAGGCAGCUGAUGGGUGUGUGUAGGGGGUGGGAUAAUAGUGUAGUCCUAAGACUGGGGAAAUCAUAAUCCAGUACCCAGGCUUCUGUCCCAGAACCCACACACUGCUGGCUACUGAGGUCAUGACCCCUGGGUCUCUGGGGACCCUGGGAUUCUAUCAACAUGAGAACACCAGGGAGCAUCCUACCUGCCGGGCCAGGAGGCCUGUGAGGAGCCCCUGCUCCAGAUUCAUCAUGCCUGAUGGUAUUCCAAGACUUUGAGAUGAGUGCUUUGUGCUACCAUGUGACUCCCUGGGAACCUGAGGCCAGAGAAGCUGAAUGAGCAAACCGUCCUCUGGCAUAUGGCCUCUGGGUGUGGAGAUGCUGCAUCUCUGACUUAAGUGCCUGCCAGCUCGGUGGUCCAGCCACCCCCACCCAAGGCUACCCUCACGUGCUUCCAGCGUGUCAGAGCACAGAUAAGUCAGAUGCUAUCUUUGGGAACUACAGCAAGCCUGGCUCCCAGCCACUGCGUAUACCCUACAAUCUGUCUCCCUUUCCUCUGCCUCCCCGAGGCUGGCAGCAUUGGACUAGAGGGGUGGUCACUGGAGCAGGUCCCAGGAGCGGCUUGGCCUGUACUUGGCUCCCAGGUGGACUGCCUCAGCAGCAUUUCAUGAUGCCUGAGGUCCUGGCAAAGAUUCCUCAUGGUCUUUCCCUACAACCAUCUGUGGCUCCCCAUUGCCUGCAGGAUGAAGGCAAACAGACCUCAGAAGCAUUUGUUAACAGAGAGGUUUGGCCCCAGAGGCCACAUUUGCAGCAAGUCCCCAGUGGUGGUAUGAACGACAGCUCUCAGGCCUUGGAGGAAUGAGACCUCUCAGACUUCAUCUGGCUCCAUUUACAGGCUCUCCCUCAUCUCUCAGAACUUGGCCCACAGAGUCACAUGGUAGCUGCUUUCUCCUUUCUACUUAUCCUUCAAAAUGAGGCUCAAAAGCCACUUCCUACUUUUCUCCAGGUAGCCUCCUCUGCACCCCCAGACUUCUUUAUGAGCCCUUGAACUCCUGAUGGUCAGAGACUUCAGACCCCUCCCUCCCCCUGCCCCAGAUCAACUGAUUGUCCUUGGGGAAGUUGCUUAGCCUUUCUGUGUCAGAAUUCACAUUUGGACCCUCUUUGAUCCAAGGUUGACCAACAGUAAUUUCCUCACAUACACAUGCAUAAAAUGAUAUAAAAAUGUCUGGUGGGGUGGCUGGGGUAGGGCAGAAGCAGAGCCUGUUUCCUUUCCUAUCUGUUUUGUCUCUGCCCCCCCCCCCAGUGCCCAGCACAACAGGUUCUCAGAGUAAUGCCAUGCAGACGGCUCUCCCCCUAAUCCAUGGAAUGACCUUUCCAAGCCACAAAAGUAAAUUCCAAAGGAACAGUGAAGAGCUGAAGAGCUCCAGCUGAGCGUCCCACUGCCAAUCAGAACGGCUCUCGAGGUGCAUCUGUCAGGAGAACAAAUGUUUUCUUAAAGAGCAGACGUCACUCCAGAGACCUGUGUAUCUUUUGCUACUGUCUACAAAUGGGGGAGGCUUUGCUAGAGGACCUCUGUGUGACUUCCUCCCCAUGGAUGUGGAGUUGGGAUGCUCAGGGAGCCCCUCUGUACCCUGGGGAAGGUCCAUGUCAUAGCCAGACCUGCCUUGCCAUUUCUAGGCACAGGGCCCCACGGACCCCGUGCCCUCUCUGCUUGGUCUGACUCUUUCAGAUGAGAUCCGGCCUCACGACCUCUCCCAUGGCUGUACCACGCUCCUAGAUCUUUGGCCUGGACCUCAACGCUGUCCCAGGGAACUUGUCUAGUGCUUAGACCCCACUCCCACCAUACCCGCCAUCCCUCCCUCCCUACUCAAGGUUACCUGACAAGGAAGGUCUCUUGGGGAGUGAAAGCAGGGCAGGAACUCGAGCCUGUAGAUAGAUGAAGACAUGGGGUUAUCUGAAGCUCGUCUGGAGUAGUCUGUGAGUGUAAUCUAACUUUCACAGUGGCUGGGCUGCUGAGAAUUCCCGGAGAGCAAAGACCCUGAAUCUAAAUCUCUGCUGCAUUCAGCUGGGCGCACGGGUGCACUGUGCACUUACACAGGUUGUUGAUGGCCACUGUUGGGUGCCUUGUGUCACUAACCCUCUGCCUUUCUUCUCAGUUCCUAUGUUUAGCCCCGGGAGAAUGGGAUGGGGUGGGAACAAUGUAUUAGGGGCACCUGCCCCAUCUGGAGGGGUCCUAGGGCUGCAUUAGGAUCUGCCUGGAUGGUUCUGAGCCCUGAAUGAAGGAGGUCUAUCAGUGCGCAGGACUGGGGCCCAUCUGUGGCAUGCAAGGGUCAGCUUGCCAGCUGUGACUCCAGCCCAUGACCAGCUGCUCCUGCCCAUCAAGCUUAGAUGUAGAAGAUUCGUGGUCUGACAUACUCGGUCCCCAUGUAACACUUGUGGACACUGUAUAUGGUAGGCUGUUAGAGUCUUAAUUUCUUAGUCUCACCUUCCAGAGAGAAAAGUGAGGCAGAGAGAAGGGGGUUAGGGAUCAAUGCCAGGAUUCUUGGGGGGACUGUGAGCAUCUGCAGAGGUGCCUAGGGGGCAAUCACAUGGCCAGAGGGGCUGCUGCUGCUGCUGCUGCUAUACUUUGAGGCUUAUGACUGGAAUCCUAUGCCAUCCUGCGGAAAUCCUUUCCUUACAAGAGUAAAGUUUAGGAAGGUCUGUCCUCCUUUCUAGGUGUGAAAACUGAGGCCCAGGGAAGACAGUCAUUUGCCAAAGCCCUGGGGCACUUUAGGAUCAAAGUCAUGUGUCCAGGAGACUGAGGAGGGUCCUGGGAUUCUCUUCUAAGAGUCUGAGUGCUGCCAUAUACCCCUGGACGAGGGGGCUUCAGAUACUGAUCUUGGAGACACUGUGAAGAAAGCUUUGGGCCCCUUUAAGUAGAGAGCAGGCUGCAGUGGGUGGACUAUGCCCCGCCAGUGGGAGGGAGUUCCUAGGCCCCUCCCCGGGGAGGGUGAGGGAGGGCGAGGGAGGAACCUAGUGUGUGUCUUGGAGCUGUGGGCAGUGCAGAGACAGCAGACAUGCUGUGUGGGCUGAGCCGGGACAGCCCUGCAGAGGCAGACGAUGGGCCUUACUCAAAGGGGGGAAAGGACACAGCGGGGACUGAUGGGGCCCUGGUGUGCCGCCGCCAGAGCAUUCCAGAGGAGUUCCGGGGCAUCACCAUGGUGGAGCUGAUCAAGCGUGAGGGCAGCACUCUGGGCCUGACUAUCUCAGGAGGGACUGACAAGGACGGGAAGCCCAGAGUCUCCAACCUGAGACCCGGGGGCCUUGCAGCCAGGAGCGAUCUACUGAAUGUGGGCGACUAUAUCCGCUCAGUGAAUGGGAUCCGUCUGACCCGGCUCCGACAUGACGAGAUCAUCACAUUGCUGAAGAAUGUGGGCGAGCGCGUGGUGCUGGAGGUGGAGUAUGAGCUGCCCCCGCCCGCUCCCGAAAACAACCCGAGGAUCAUUUCCAAGACGGUGGACGUCUCCCUCUACAAGGAAGGCAACAGUUUUGGCUUUGUCCUCAGAGGAGGUGCCCAUGAGGACCUGCACAAAUCCCGCCCAUUGGUCCUGACUUACGUGCGGCCUGGUGGCCCAGCAGACAGGGAGGGUUCCUUAAAGGUGGGCGACAGGCUGCUCAGCAUAGAUGGGAUCCCACUGCACGGGGCCAGCCAUGCUACCGCAAUAGCCACCCUGCAGCAGUGCAGCCAUGAGGCCCUCUUCCAGGUGGAGUACGAUGUGGCCACCCCAGACACGGUGGCCAAUGCUUCAGGCCCUUUGGUGGUAGAAAUAGCCAAGACCCCAGGAUCUGCCCUGGGGAUCUCUCUCACCACUGGCUCCCACCGGAACAAACCAGCUAUCACUAUCGACCGCAUCAAGCCGGCUAGCGUGGUGGACAGGAGUGGUGCCCUGCAUGCUGGAGACCACAUCCUGGCCAUCGAUGGCACCAGCACAGAACACUGCUCUCUGGUCGAGGCCACGAAGCUCUUGGCCAGUGUGACCGAGAAAGUUCGACUGGAGAUCUUGCCUGCACCCCAGAGUCGGCGGCCCCUGAAGCCCCCAGAGGCAGUGAGAAUACAGAGGAGUGAGCAACUGCACCACUGGGACCCCUGUGUUCCCUCUUGCCAUAGCCCAAGGCCAAGCCACUGCAGGGCACCCACCUGGGCACCUGGAGGCCAGGACCAGAGCCGAUCCGUGUCCUCGACUCCCUUCUCCUCGCCAACUAUGAACCCUGCCUUUCCCUGUGCCAACGCCAGCACCCUGCCCAGAGGACCCAUGAGCCCCAGAACAACAGCGGGGAGGAGAAGGCAGCGAAGGAAAGAACACAGGAGCUCUUUGUCACUGGCCUCCAGCACGGUAGGGCCCGGUGGGCAGAUCGUUCACACGGAGACGACGGAGGUAGUGCUCUGUGGAGACCCCCUCAGUGGCUUCGGCCUCCAGCUGCAGGGGGGCAUUUUUGCUACCGAGACCCUGUCCUCCCCACCCUUGGUGCGAUUUAUUGAACCUGACAGCCCUGCUGAGAGGUGUGGUCUGCUGCAGGUGGGGGACCGCGUCCUAGCCAUAAAUGGCAUUGCUACUGAGGAUGGGACCAUGGAGGAAGCCAACCAGCUGUUGCGGGAUGCUGCACUGGCCCGCAAAGUUGUUUUGGAGAUCGAGUUUGAUGUGGCGGAGUCUGUCAUCCCAAGCAGUGGGACCUUCCACGUGAAGUUACCCAAAAGGCGUGGUGUGGAGCUGGGCAUCACCAUUAGCUCGGCCAGCAGAAAGCGAGGGGAACCCCUGAUCAUCUCUGACAUCAAGAAAGGCAGCGUGGCGCACAGGACUGGCACCCUCGAGCCGGGCGACAAGCUGCUGGCCAUUGACAAUAUUCGCCUGGACCAUUGCCCCAUGGAGUAUGCUGUGCAAAUCCUGCGCCAAUGUGAGGACCUGGUGAAGCUGAAGAUCCGGAAGGACGAGGACAACUCAGAUGAGCAGGAGAGCUCGGGCGCAGUCAGCUACACAGUGGAACUGAAGCGCUAUGGCGGACCCCUGGGUAUCACCAUCUCCGGUACAGAGGAACCUUUUGACCCCAUCAUCAUCUCUGGUCUCACCAAGCGGGGUCUGGCUGAAAGGACUGGAGCCAUCCAUGUUGGGGACCGCAUACUGGCCAUCAACAGCGUGAGCCUCAAGGGCCGGCCCCUGAGUGAGGCCAUUCACCUUCUGCAGGUGGCAGGGGAGACUGUCACACUGAAGAUCAAGAAGCAGCUGGACCGUCCCCUUCUCCCCCGCCAGUCAGGCAGCCUCAGUGAGGCCAGUGAUGUGGAUGAGGACCCCCCUGAGGCCCUCAAGGGAGGCUUGCUGACAACCCACUUCUCACCUGCUGUACCCAGCGUGGACAGUGCUGUGGAGUCCUGGGGCAGCUCUGCCACAGAGGGUGGCUUUGGGGGCUCAGGCUCCUACACUCCGCAGGUGGCAGUCCGGAGUGUGACUCCUCAGGAGUGGCGUUCCAGCAGACUGAAGAGUAGCCCCCCACCCCUUGAGCCCCGGAGGACGAGCUACACACCGGGCCCCACUGACGAAAGCUUCCCAGAGGAGGAAGAGGGGGACUGGGAGCCACCAAUGAGCCCAGCCCCUGGCCCCGCCCGAGAGGAGGGCUUCUGGAGAGUGCUUGGAGAGGCCCUUGAAGACCUGGAGUCCUGUGGUCAGUCUGAACUGCUAAGGGAGCUGGAGGCUUCCAUCAUGACAGGCACUGUACAGUCGGUAGCUGUGGAUGGCAGGCCUGGCUCUCGGCCCUGGCGCCGGAGCCGGGAAGUCGGAACAUCCCCGGAAGACCUGCAGGAGCUGCUGUUGCCAACGCCCCUGGAGAUGCACAGGGUGACCCUGCACAAAGACCCGGUGAGGAACGACUUUGGUUUCAGUGUCUCAGAUGGCCUCCUGGAGAAGGGUGUCUAUGUCCACACUGUGCGCAUUGAUGGGCCAGCUCAGCACGGAGGCCUGCAGCCCUUUGACCGUCUCCUGCAGGUCAACCAUGUUCGCACUCGGGACUUCGAUUGCUGUCUGGCCGUUCCACUCCUGGCAGAGGCUGGGGACAUCCUUGAGCUGGUGGUCAGCCGAAACCCUCUGGCACAGAGCCGCAGGACACCAGGAGCACCGGGCCCCAGUAGUCCCCAGAUGAUCUGAGGUCAUUAUGUAAGUCAGCUGGCGGAGUGCCCCCAGUCAUCGACUUAUGGCCUGCAGAUUUCACAUCCGGUAGAGUGGCAUCUUCAAGUUGGGUCUUCAGGAUGCUCAGAGAACCCCACAGGAAAGGGGUCAUCCCUGCUGCUCAGCUAGGAGAGCCCAGCUCCCUGUGCAGUCAUCUCAGAGCAGCGAACAGAGUGGGGACGGCCCAGCUCCGUGUGGUAACUGGACUGAGCUGCCAGUAUUUCCCAUCCUGGGAAGUUAAUAAGCUGUAGGUCGACAAUUCUGCUCUGUGGAAAGAGGCAUUUGGCGACCCAGCUGUUCAGAUGGUACCCAGUGCACAGGGACCCUGCCACCGGGAAAGAUAUGGCACAAGAACAGUGUCCUCCCUUCUCCCAAAUGGUGGUGUUUUGAGAGCCUCCAGCACCUAGUGACCAUACUGAGGAACCCCAAUUAGGGACAAUCUAGGGUGCCAGAGAAUGCUUGCCCCUUCCUUUGGGUUGGUCUUUCAAUUAUUUCACGGGUGAUUCUGAACCUCAGAGCAGAACUGUGGCCAUCAACCCUCCUGUCCCACAAAACCUUAGCCCAAGUCCUUGCCCAGAGGAGGGCACAGCUCGGGUCAAACGGUCCAGGAGCAUCCACACACCUGCCAUUCCAGCACAUAUGGUAAACCUUGGGAAGAGACUGAGCCACAGUUCUGCCCCUGACCCCAUCAGAGGAAGAGAGGAAGAGGAAAGGAGCUGACAUGGAGGGAGGUCAGCUGAAGGAUGAGAGAGUGGCUAACUGGAGCAGUGUCCAAGGAGGCUAUUCAAGGAGGUCCCCAGCAUCCCUUAACUCUGGGCUCCUCCAUCUCUGCUAAGCAGAACCCUUCCAGCUUCAAGCAAGACUCAAGACACUUCCUUCCCAGCAGUCUGAGCUGUUCUGGAGACUGGCUUCAUGUUUGCCCAGCUUAAGGUCUCAAGGACCUGCGGGAAGCCUCCAACCCUGCCCUGUCACCCCUCUGUGCCCUUGAAGCUCACUGCUAGAAAGCACUCCCUGUUCAAGAGGACAGAUGAGGUCCCAGAAGCCAUUCUUUCCCCGUUCUCUUCUUGGCUGUAUAACCUUGAGUAAAGCUGAAAAGACACAGGGCGAGCUCCAGCUGCCCACUAAGACACUUCAGCUCUCUGCUUUUCCUAGCUUCCCCCAUAUCCUGCCCUUCAUGAUGGCUUCCCCAGGGACCCUUCAGGCAACCCAGUGACUCUACUUUCACUGCCCCAGGGUAGAAAGAUACUACCCACCCAUCAUGGGCACCAAACAAAGACCUUCAGCUUCACUAGCAGAGAAGUGACUCCUAGCCACCAGCUCACCUGAUCCUGUGUGACCUUGGGCAGAUGGCUCAGCCUCUGGAUUUCUGGUGUGUGGCAUAACUGACUGUACCCUGAAGGCCUCUUAGCUUGGGAAAUCUGUGUUCCACUUAAUGACUCCAGGCUCUGAAAAUGCAACCCCUCGACCACUGCCCUCCCCUCGGGCUGAGGCUCUCCCAUCCUCCCAGACGUAUGCAACUAGGCCAAGCGGGUGGACCUCCUGGCUGUGGCCUGAGGCCUUCUCAUAUGCAAUAUACCCCCCUGGCUUCUCACAGGGGUGUUUGCCCCACACAACAUCCCUAGCCCCCACCCCAGUGAGCAUCCUGCCUGCCUAUGCAUUUUGGGUACCUCCCCUGUGACACCCACCCCCAGAGCUGUAUUUUUCUCUGGCUAAGAUUAGAACAUAUUCCUUGUAAAGUAUUUUUCUAUGCGGGUUUUCUUAGGGCUCCCAGGAAGCACCCAGCACACCCAUGGCCCCACUGUACAGGUUGUUUCUGGUCUGUCUGGGGCCCACCUAUAAAUCUUUGUCCCACCAGGCAUCACAGUGACUGGGGGGAGGUUGAGUGCUAUUGGGGUGAUUUUUUUUAAAUAAAAUUGGUUAAAUGCACAAA